AUGGGGCACCGGGUAUCCCAGCAUGCUCUGGGGCAGGCCUCAACCCGCCAGACCAGGCCUCAACACGGCGGACCAGGCCUCAGUAGACCUCACGCCAUCCCAGCAUGCACCGGGGCACCGGGUGCCCACUCCCACAUCCGCGGCCUAGGCCUGGACGACGCCCUGGAGCCCCGGCAGGUGUCCCAGGGGAUGGUGGGCCAAUUAGCAGCUCGUCGAGCCGCCGGUGUCAUCUUAGAAAUGAUUAAAGAAGGCAAAAUUGCUGGGCGGGCCGUCCUCAUCGCCGGCCAACCCGGCACUGGCAAAACCGCCAUCGCCAUGGGAAUGGCCCAGGCUUUGGGGCCCGACACCCCCUUCACGGCCAUCGCCGGCAGCGAGAUCUUCUCCCUGGAGAUGAGUCGCACCGAGGCCCUCACCCAGGCCUUCCGCCGCUCCAUCGGCGUCCGCAUCAAGGAGGAGACGGAGAUCAUCGAAGGGGAGGUGGUGGAGGUGCAGAUCGAUCGGCCGGCCACCGGCACCGUAAGGAAAAAGGGGGGGGACACCCCUAAAAUUACCCUCCCCACACCCCCAAAUCUCUCCUGA